CCAGUUCCACGUCGUCCUUGGAUCUUCCACUUCCACAUCAACUACGGCGCCUCCUUCCAUCACAGCCUCCAACCCUGCACCUCCAAUUGCCAUCCGCUUUUAAUCCCCCCCGCCUGUCGUGCACUUCUCUCGACACAAAUACGCGGGUUUUUUCAUUCCUGCGAUUUUUGUAGUCUUUCGACCUUCCCUCUUCACGCGACACAGAUCGUUACGCCUCUCCUGACAUCCCAAGCUUCGCACCCGCAGCCUUGGGACCUUUUUCGCCGUUGCGCAUCAGUACAACGGCCAUUUCUUCCCCGACACUUCAAUAACGACACCCCCGACAAUUGACAACAUGUCUGCUGAGGAGGAUCUCAUCGACUACUCCGACGAGGAGCUCCAGACCAACGAGACUGCGGCCGCCUCCAACGGAAAGAAGGCUGACGCUGCUGCCGGUAAUGCCGUCGACAAGAAGGGCAGCUAUGUCGGCAUCCACUCGACCGGUUUCCGCGACUUCCUCUUGAAGCCCGAGCUUCUCCGCGCUAUUGGCGAUUGCGGUUUCGAGCAUCCUUCGGAGGUCCAACAAACCUGUAUCCCUCAGGCUCUCCUCGGUGGAGAUAUCAUCUGCCAGGCCAAGUCUGGUCUCGGAAAGACGGCCGUCUUCGUCCUGACCACCCUGCAACAAGUUGAGCCCGUUCAGGGCGAGGUCUCCGUGUUGGUUAUGUGCCACACUCGUGAGCUUGCCUUCCAGAUUCGCAACGAGUACAACCGUUUCAGCAAGUACAUGCCCGAUAUCAAGACUGGUGUCUUCUACGGCGGUACCCCCAUCCAGAAGGAUGUCGAGACGAUCAAGAACAAGGAGACCUGCCCCCAUGUCAUCGUGGGCACCCCUGGCCGACUUAACGCGUUGGUCCGCGACAAGGUUCUCCGCCUCGGCAGCGUCCGCAUUUUCGUCCUCGAUGAGUGCGACAAGAUGCUCGAUCAGAUCGACAUGCGCCGUGACGUCCAGGAGAUCUUCCGCGCUACCCCUACCCAGAAGCAGGUUAUGAUGUUCUCAGCCACCUUGUCCGAUGACAUCAAGCCCAUCUGCAGAAAGUUCAUGCAGAACCCUACCGAGCACUACGUCGACGAGGACACCAAGCUCACCCUGCACGGUCUUCAGCAAUACUACAUCAAGCUCGAGGAGCGCGAGAAGAACCGCAAGCUCAACGAACUCCUGGACGACCUUCAGUUCAACCAGGUCAUCAUCUUCGUCAAGAGCACCCUGCGUGCGACCGAGCUGGACAAGUUGCUGAGAGAGUGCAACUUCCCCUCCAUCGCCGUCCACUCCGGCGUCAGCCAGGAGGAGCGUAUCCGCCGUUACAAGGAGUUCAAGGAGUUUAACAAGCGUAUCUGCGUUGCUACCGACGUCUUCGGCAGAGGUAUUGAUAUCGAGCGUAUCAACCUGGCCAUCAACUACGAUCUGCCCGCCGAUGCCGAUUCGUACCUGCACAGAGUCGGUCGUGCCGGUCGUUUCGGUACCAAGGGUCUUGCCAUCUCCUUCGUGAGCACUGACCAGGACCAGGAGGUUCUCAAGUCCAUUGAGAAGCGCUUCGAGGUUGCUCUUCCUGAGUUCCCCAAGGAGGGUAUCGAUGCCAGCACCUACAUGGCCUCUUAAGCGCGUCAUGCCACAGUUUGGCAGAGUAAUCUGCUGGUGUAUUUUCUUGGUUCUGGUUUCGGGAAAUUGCAAAAUUUGGACGUGGGUGACGCACACGUGAAGCGGUCACGCAAAAGGGAAGAAAUGAAGCUGCUUUUAAAGUGCAACUAAGAAAAAGUCUACCAAGCCUCUCACGGAGAGGUCUCUUGCUGUUUGUACAGAGUAGUUAUCAACAUGGAAUCAAGACUGGAUCACCACGC